AAGUUUCUGCAUUUCGUCGUUCCGUGUCCGUGGUGCGAGUUUACUUGUGUUCGCUUGUCGUCCGAGUUGUACAUCCUGUAGGAGCCAUUGUGCGGUUUGCUUCCUCUUCCUGCUCCAAGUCGGUUGAUUGAGUCAAUUGUUCAACAAGCGGUCAGUGCCGGUGUGUCCGUCGAUCGUCGAUUAGUGAUUUGUGUAUUUGGCGGUUCCGAGAUUUGCUCUGCUCGUGGUUUCCCGGAAAAAAGUUCGUUUGGCGUAACGGAAUAGUUCCUUCAGAUUGUCGAUUAGCAACACUACUAACAGAUAACACCAUCCACCAGGGUCUUCCUUUUUACAAAAUAGUAAACAAAAUCAACGAAACAACAACGAUGGCUGCUAUCUCCGAAUUUCGCAAGAAGAAGCUUUUGUACGUUUUCCACGUGUUCUUUGACAUUAACCAGAGCGGAGAAAUCGACCGCAAGGAUUUCGAGCUGGCAAUUAACAAAAUUUGUGAGCUGCGAGGCUGGCCGGAGGGACACGCCAAGAACAAGGAGACCCACGAUGCCAUGUUCAAGAUCUGGGACGGUUUGCGAACGAAGGCCGACAAGGAUAACGAUGGCCAGGUCUCUGUAGAUGAGUGGUGCAAUAUGUGGGACGCUUAUGCCAAAAACCCAAACGCCGUCCUAGAUUGGCAAGUGCGAUACAUGAACUUCAUGUUUGACCUGGAGGACGCUUCCAACGAUGGGACCAUCGACUCGGGUGAAUUUUCUACCGUUUAUUCGAGCUAUGGCGUCGAUAAGAACGAAUGCCUGGAGGCGUUCAAGAAGAUGUCAAAGGGCGCCACCGAGGUGAACCGGGACCAAUUUGCUGAGUUGUGGCGCGAAUACUUCUCAUCGGACGAUUCAAGUGCUCCGGGAAAUUUCAUCUUCGGCAAGACCGCCUUCUAACAUGCUACCGUCGUCAGCAAGCCCUAAAGAGAGAUGCUUCCUGUCAGCUCUUCAUGCUCAUCGAAUGUAUUGAAUCGAUAUAAUUGAUAAAACAAAAUAUACAUAACUCAAAAUCGCACACUUUAUCAAAUGAGGGGAACAUGGAAUCAAUUUAACGCUAAAUGUAAUCCCCAUCUCAUGCCAACACUGUUUUCUAAACUAAUCAAGAGUCUUUACUAUCUUGUUGCAGACUAUAAUUAUGUUAUUAGAGAUUCGAAUUUUCAGUGAAAUUGAUUAUUCUGACGUACUAGACUAUUUCCUAAUUGGCUAUUGCAAACUAGUCGGUAAUAUUUUUGAUUAUGUCAGCCUUUCGCAAACUAUCAACCAUACGAUGUCAUUGCUAGAAUAAACGUGUGUAACGAA